GGCAGUCGCAUUGCGCGCCGCGUGCAAUUCGCUGCCGCGACUUUCACAGCUUACCGUAUCCGCAGUCUCGAGCGUUCACAGGCAACCACGUAGCGGCGACCCGCAGCAGACGCCCGCCCGCCAUGCCCGCAGACUCGCACUUCCAGUCGCCCUUCCAGUCUCCGAACGCAAUCCCACCCCGCACCAGCUCCCACGGCAUCGUAAACGGCGUCAAGAACAAGUCGUCAACCGUUCUGCGCCCGCUCUCAGAAAUCGACUGGAUGAGCCAGAGCAAGAAGAGCAAGCUCUACCACAGCCCCUCUGCCCCGCUCAGAGAGUCAAGUCUGCACUACACCAUGAACCCACAGGCGACUACUCCCCACGCAUACCCGACGCCCAUGUCGUCCUCUUCCCCGCCGCCGGACCCUCUCAAGGGCGUCGGCGAUGAACUGAUAUAUGGACACCGGCACAGAUGGACGGAAGAGAAGGAGCGCAUAUUGCUGGGCCCGUAUGACUAUCUAGUAGGGCAUCCAGGCAAGGACAUCCGCAGCCAGUGCAUCGCCGCGUUUAACCAGUGGCUGAGGGUCCCGCCGGAGAGGUUGACAGUGAUUACCCGCGUGGUCGGGAUGUUGCAUACAGCAUCGCUAUUAGUCGACGAUGUGGAAGACAACUCGCUCCUCCGCCGCGGCAUUCCGGUCGCCAAUAGCAUUUUCGGCGUUGCGCAAACCAUCAACUCGGCCAAUUAUGUCUACUUCAAGGCGCUGCAAGAGUUGAUGAUUAUGGGCAAUCCUAAGUUGGUCGAAAUCUUCACGGAAGAGCUGUUGAAUCUCCAUCGAGGCCAGGGCAUGGAUCUCUAUUGGAGGGACAGUCUGACGUGCCCGAGCGAAGCAGACUACCUGGAGAUGGUGGACAACAAGACGGGCGGCUUGUUCCGGCUGGCGAUCAAGCUCAUGCAGGCGGAAAGCGCCGUCAACAUCGACUGCUCUCCCGUCGUCUCAACCGUGGGCCUCCUCUUCCAGAUCCUCGACGACCACCUCAACCUGUCCUCGACCUCCGGUUACUCCUCGCUCAAGGGCAUGUGCGAGGAUCUCACAGAAGGCAAAUUCUCUUUCCCUGUCAUCCACGCCAUUCGCGCCGACCCCUCCAACCUUGUCCUUAUCAACAUCCUCAAGCAGAAGACGACUGAUGAGGAAGUGAAGCGUUACGCCGUGCGCUAUCUUGAAGAGAAGGGUAGCUUUGAGUACUCGAAGAAGGUCAUUGGCGAGCUCAGACUGAAGGCUGAAGCGCUCAUCCACGAAAUUGAACGGGGCCUAGGCCAGGACGGCGUGGAAGGAGCGGAUGCAUUGAGGGCUGUACUUGCAAGGCUCGUGCUGCGAUGACCGCUUUAGUCUAUCUGUGCCUUCUUGACGAGCGUUGAGUAAGGCAUUUGCACGUUGCAUGGGUGUUACGUUUCACGAAGUUCCGACAUUCAUGUCUCUCUUUACUACUCGGCAUAUAUUGCAUUGGCGCCUCUGCGGUGG